UCACAUUGACCUCGUCAACUAUGAACAAAUUCAACACGUUUCGUCUCUGUCAACAUUAAUGCAUCACAAGUUGUAAAUUGAAAACUAACAAAUUGUUAAGAAAAAAAAGAAAUUUCAUUGAAGAUUGCAUAUAAAGUUAGCUGUAAAAUAGCUAAGACAGCCUCGCACAACCAAAUGGAUCCUUCAUCUCUAAAUGUAGAGACUGCCACCUACAUGGACGUUGAUUUGUACAAAGCUGCCGUUGAUGGCAAAAUUGAAGCAUUUAAUGAUUACAAAGGCCGUCUUGAUCGCAUUGUCACCCCAAAUCAAAACACAGUCCUCCAUGUUUACUUGGCAAACCGAAGGCACAAGGCUAGAGUUUUUCAUAUCAUUUACUUCUUUUAUUACAGAUACCGAGCUUUGACUUUGAGAUCUACCGAAUUCGUCGAACACCUUCUUAACCAGUGCCCAUCAUUGCUACUACAAGCCAAUGCAAAAGGUGAAGUUCCGCUGCACAUUGAAGCCAGAUACGGGCAUCGUCCUACUGUGAAAUUGCUUUUGGAACGCGCUAAAUUUGCUCAACAAGGACACCUAGAGAAUGGGAUAGAAACGGCCAAGGAAAUGCUGAGAACAAGGGAUAAUAAGGAAGAAAAUACUCCUCUGCAUAUUGCAGCUCGAUAUGGCCAUCUUGAAGUGGUGCGAGCAUUAGUCGAAGCGGACCUUGAUUUUGUAUACCCUGCAAAUAAAUAUGGUGAGACUCCACUUUACAUAGCGGCUAGGAGAGGAUAUCAUCAUUUGGUGGCUGAGAUGUUAACUAAAUGCAAAUCGGUGGCUCAUGCUGGCCCUAAAGGUACGACCACUUUGCAUGCGGCGGUCAUGGCAAAUGAUAUAGGUAAGUUUACUAUUGAAUUAUUGAUCUAUUCUUAUAUUAAUUGUUGCAUUAAUUUUUUGUUUAAUAUUGUCGAAAAUUGAAUUUUGCUUACUAAAAUUUUAAAUUUAACUGAUAGACAACAUAAUUGUUAGCUUAAAUACAUAAAAUAUUAAAUGAUGAAUAAUAUUGCAUUCGUUAAAAAGAUUUGAGCACAGUAAUAUAUAAAAUAAGAAAAUAUAAAGGGUGGAGUUUUUAAUAAUUAUGCGUUUUUAUUGUGGAGAUAAAAUAUUAAUUCCAAUAUUAUAUUUUAUCAAUGAGUAUACAAAAAAACUCAAUACUGUAAAUUAUUCAGACAAAUAAUUAAGCGACCGAGGCAAAGUAUCAUUUUGUUAAAUGUACUAGAGCAUACUUAUAUGGGCAAGAAUCCCAUGAAAUAAAAAUUAAUAUGUUUUCAAGAUUAUGCUAAUUAAUCAUUGACAAGUAAUCUAGUUAUAAUUUUAUGUUAAAGUAAUCACAGGCAAUAAAUCUAAUAAUUUCAGCUUAAAGUACCCGCGGGCUACGACCUAGUCUUCUAUCUUGCGCUGGUGCCCACAGCUGAAAAAUACACCCAAGUACUUGCAAAGUGCAAGCUACUUUUCCUCGAUCGACCUCCA